AUGAGCGUUCGGCUGAAGUCGCGUGAUGCCGCAGAUGCCGCGGCUGCAGCAGAAGCGACGGUGGAGGUGAAGAACAUCGGGGACUUCCCCAGCGCCGAGGUGGUUCAGGUCUACGCCCUGGCUUCCAACGUGCCCCGCGCACUGCGGGCAUUCCGGCGCACGGGCAUUCUGGCGCCGGGCGAGAGCAGCAAGGUGUCGAUGCCGCUCUGCGAACGCGCUCUCGGAGCCUUCUACGACGAGAGCCUAGGCAGGUGGCAGCCUCCGGCUCAGGGAAGCGAAGUGCAGCUGGAGGUUGGCGCCUCAUCGAAGGACAUUCGCCUUAGGGCGAAGGUCGUCCUGUAG